UCGGAGCUCAUCAGCUGAGCAAUAGGGUCCUGUUAGCAGGCACACCGGGAGCGGGACCUGGGGCCAUGAUUAUUACUGGGAGUGCUAGCAGUGUAUAAUGACUAGUUACUGGGAGGGCUAGCAAUGUGUAGUGACUAGUUACUGGGUGGGCUUGCUGUCAGUUGUGACUAGUUACUGGGUGGGCUUGCUGUCAGUUGUGACUAGUUACUGCGUGGGCUAGCUGUCUGUAGUGACUAGUUACUCGGUGGGCUAGCUGUCUGUAGUGACUAGUUAUUUACUGGGAGGGCUAGCUGUCUUUACUUACUGGGAGGGCUAGCUGUCUGUAGUGACUAGUUACUUACUGGGUGGGCUAGCUGUCUGUAGUGACUAGUUACUUACUGGGUGAGCUAGCUGUCUGUAGUGAUUAGUUACUGGGUGGGCUAGCUGUCAGUUGUGACUAGUUACUGGGAGGGCUAGCUGUCUCUGUCUGUAGUUACUUGGUGGGCUAGCUGUCUGUAGUGACUAGUUACUGGGUGGGCUAGCUGUCAGUUGUGACUUGUUACUGGGUGGGCUAGCUGUCUGUAGUGACUAGUUACUGGGUGGGCUAGCUGUCAGUUGUGACUUGUUACUGGGUGGGCUAGCUGUCUGUAGUUACUGGUUACUGGGUGGGCUAGCUGUCUGUAGUUACUGGGUGGGCUAGCUGUCUGUAGUUACUGGGUGGGCUAGCUGUCUGUAGUGACUAGUUACUGGGUGGGCUAGCUGUCUGUAGUGACUAGUUACUGGGUGGGCUAGCUGUCUGUAGUGACUAGUUACUGGGUGGGCUAGCUGUCUGUAGUGACUAGUUACUGGGUGGGCUAGCUGUCUGUAGUGACUAGUUACUGGGUGGGCUAGCUAUCAGUUGUGACUUGUUACUGGGUGGGCUAGCUGUCUGUAGUGACUAGUUACUGGGUGGGCUAGCUGUCUGUAGUGACUAGUUACUGGGUGGGCUAGCUUUCUAUAGUGCCAGUCGCCGCAUUAUUGGUCGCUUGAACUAAGUGUGAGAAGAUGAGCAGCCCCUCGCCGUCCAGAUCAGCAGGGUCUCCCCUAACACAGAGCCUGAAAGCACGGGAUAACAGCACUGCCAUGGCAGCAGCCACUCAGCACAUUAUAAAAGAUGUUGGAGAAAUUCAUUCCAGAUUAUUGGAUCACCGUCCCUUUAUUCAGGGUGAAACACGGUACUUCAUUAAGGAGUUUGAGGAAAAACGUGGACAUCGUGAAAUUAGUUUUCUUGGUAAUUUCAAUAACAGCAUAUCUGAAACCAAAGAAAACACUCUUACAGAAUGUACUGAUUUAAUGCAAGAUCAGCUGGCAUCAAUUCUCAAGACAUUGGAAAGUGCCAACAAUGCUAUCCAUAGGCUCCAGCAUAGAGAACAAGAACAACUGAAGGACAGUGUUACAAAGAAGGGCACUGAAAAUGAGAAACUGCGCACCCACUGGGAAAUAUUCAUGAAAGAACAAGAACAAAAACGAUUGGCUGUAGAUGAAGAGCACAGAAAAGCAGUGCUGCGUUUAAAAGAACAGUACAACGAGAUGGGCAAAGAUCUCUCUAAAAUUGCUUUGCUUUAAGAAAGGCAAUACAUAUCUAAAGCUAUGCCUCUUAAUGUAGCAGAGCAAUACAAUAAUUUUCUGUGAUAAUGAGUUAAUCAUCUAAACCUUUUCUUGUUUAACUUUCAUGGUUUUCUAGCUUUUCCUAUGGUCCCUGUUACAAUGCUGAGUUCAAGUGAAUACAUUCACUGACACAAAAGGCGUCGGAACAUAUAGAUCUUUUGUCUUUUCUGAUAUGGCACAUACAACGUUGUCUUUAAAUAUUUGUGAAUAGAGUAUAAAGCAAUAUAAAAUUGGUUUGGAUUAAAGUAUAUUUCAAUAUAUUUUAACCAGUAACACAAUUCAAAAAGUACAUACGGUAUACACAAAUAGCAGUGAUUGGUGUGGCUGAAUAAAAAAACAACAACAUUUAAAGAGUGCUACUAUCGGGGUUUGCUCCUGGCAAGCCCAAUGAGAAAUACUACAAAAAAAUGUAUAUCUGUGUUCACUAAAUAUGCAUUAUUGCACAUUACCCCAUAUUAUGUUGAUACAUCACAGUCCAUGCAUGCGCUAUAAAGAGUCACGGAAGCUGACAUGCUCACAUUAAACACAAUUGCUGGCUGAGUAGGUCACAAUGAAGUCGGGCUGGUUUAGUUUGUUUUAAGAUGAUUAAGUAGUUUUUAAAGAAGAACGGUUACAUCUCUGGAAAUCAUACCAUUGAAUAAGACAUUAUAAAUCACCUAUACCUUAUAUUUUUUCCUGUGAUGGCCCAUUUUCUUUUAAAUUUAUAGUUAUGAUUUAGCAAAUGAGAGCAAAUUGUGAAUGUAGAGCUCAACAAAAACUUCAAGGGAGAUUUAUCAAAGUGUCUGAAAAGAGGAUCAACUAUGUAAAUUGGGACAAGUCACCAAUGGAAUGUGUCUGCUGUUUACGCUGGCUGUAAAAGUGAUUUAUAGUACUUUUGCACCACUUUUCAGUACACACCACUCCCUCAAUGUUUGAUUCUCCUCUUCCAUGUACAAUUUUCAAUGGCAGAAAAGGACAACAGUUGUAACAAUGAUUGACAGCGAGCCAAGAUGGAGGCAAACCGUUCCAGGAUUGUGAUACAUGCAACACUGGAUUUUUACAUUUAGUUUUCAAACCUCACAAUGAUGGAUACAUGAACAGUAUUUUUAAAAUCCUGGCAAGUGACAAUUCCCUUUAAAUUCUUAAAACCUCUAGUAGUUUUGAAGACAAGUUGAGAUAAAGACCUUUAUAAACAGUCUCUAACACACAGACACAAAAUGUAAAACUUCCCAAGUUUGGUGGGGACACCAAAGCUCCAUUUAGCUUUUGCCUCACGUUUCCCAGAGUUUUAACCUAAUCAUGAAUGAAGAAUGAUUUCUAAUCCUAACAGACAACACUGCUGAACUUAAUGCCAAAAUUUUAAAUGAAACAGAAGAUUGACCGUCUUAACUCUCAAAAUCAUUAGCAACUGGUUUUAUUACCCAAAAAUGUGGCCAUAGAACAUUCAUGUCAAUAUUUACAAUUGCUUCUAGCAUACAUACCCCAUUUCAAAUGACUUCAAUGGCUAAUUUCUGACUAAAAAGCUCAUUAUAAUGAAACUAAACAAAAUGUAAAAAAAAUGUGUAAACCUGCAAAAGUGAGUGUGAACGCAGGAAUAAUUUACUACUUUGUUGUAUAUGCUUUUCAUAAGACACUAACAAAAUGAAGGUGUAAAACCAAUAGAAAGUGUGAGCUUUUUGGCUUUGGGCCUUUCAGGUGAAUGUGGAAAUGCUUUCUAUGCUCUCACUGAUAGGUUCCAAGCAGACAGCUGCUUUUGCUCUUACCUGUCACUUAAACCUUGGCCUAGAGACCCUCUGUGCCACCGGCAUGUAUAUCUUAAUGACAAGUAUCGUUUGACAGGUCGGGGAGAGGUCAUUAAAUUUAAAUAUGUACAUUUACUAGAAGAUUAAAUUUAACGCUCUUCUAGUUUUGUGUACUCUGUGAUAUGUACACCUUAAGCACAGGAAUCUUAGCUAAACCAACAGACUGUAUUAAUCGUAUAAAUCCACAAGGUUCCAAGUCUGUAUAUAACAUAUAACCCUUGUAAACAUGGUUUUGUGAAUAUUGCAAAUCCGUAAAAGCAGUGGUUAAAAACUGAAGAAGCAUAUGUAAUUAAGGGGCAAAACUAUUUGAUUUAAAUUUUCUUAAGUGAAGAGAAAUAUAUAUAUAACAUAUGUGUAAAAAAAGAAAAAUACAGAAAAAUUGACAUCCUAAUUUUCACGAUUUAUGCUUGCCUUUCUCUUGGACCUUCUCCACACCCAGAGUUUAAAGAGCUAUUUUAAGAUAUUUCUUUUUUUUUUGGUUAGAUUUUUUUUGUGUGUAAUUCUGCCUUAAAAAAAUACAAAGAACAAAUGUUUGUACACCGUGCAAUCUCAAGACAUCUCUGUGGUUUGAUCUGUAUGAAAUCAGUCUGUGGAAACAAUUUUC